AUGCAAGGAGGAGGGGAGAAAGGGAAAGGGGAAAGGACGCGAGGGAGGGGGAAGGGGAAGGGGAAGGGGGGACGGCGCCGGCAAAGUUUGGAGCCGCUGUCGCCGUCAUCGUCGCGAGCCAGAGAGAGAGCUUCUGCUUUUAUACCGCCGCUCUUUAUCGCCGCGUUUUCGCCGCUACUUCUCGCCGCCUCGCCGCUGCACCUCCCCGCUUUUGCUUCUUGCUUCGUAUUUGAUAAGAGUAAGGGAGGUGGUGGUGGCAGAGUAAGGGAGGUGGUGGUGGUGGUGGUGGUAAAGGUGCUAGUGGUGGUGGAAGGUGCAGGACCUGCUGGAAUAGCAACCGCAGGGUGCCUCAACAAACUCAGAAUCUCUAACAUUGUUCUUGAAAGAGAUGAUUGCCCUGCUUCUCUUUGGAGGAAAAGAGCCUAUAACCGUUUGAAACUACACUUAGGAAAAGACUUUUGUAGCCUUCCACAUUAUCCUUUUCCUUCUGACUUUCCCAAAUUUGUCCCUAGGGUUGAUUUCUUGCGCUACAUUGACUCUUAUAUCACGUAUUUCGGUAUUGCCAUCAACUACAACUGCUCUGUUGACUCUGCUUUCAUUGACCAAAGCAGUAAAAAAUGGAGGCUCCUUGUUACCAACAACACUUCUGGUGCCGACGAGAUCUAUGAGGCAGAGUUUCUGGUGGUUGCGAGUGGAGAGAAUAGUGAAGAGUACAUCCCAAACAUUCAAGGGCUUGAGAGUUAUCAAGGAGAGUCCAUGCAUUGUAGCAAGUAUUUGAAUGGGAGAGAAAUGUACAAGAAGAAUGUUUUGGUUUUCGGAUGUGGCAAUUCUGGCAUGGAAAUUGCUUAUGAUCUUUCAAAUUGGGGUGCAUAUACCUCUAUUGUUGUCAGAAGUCAGGUGCAUUAUUUUAUUAAGGAAAUGGUGUAUGCGGGUAUGUUGAUGCUGAAACACUUCAUGGUAGAGAAAGUGGACAAGAUGAUGGUUCUUAUGAGCAAAUUGAAGUAUGAAAAUAUGUUUAAGUAUGAAAAGAUUAAGAAGGGAAAAGUGAAGGUUUAUCCUGGUAUUUCAAGUAUCAAAGAAGGUAAGCUCGUUAAAUUUGUUGAUGGACAACAUGCUUAUUUUGAUGCAAUCAUCUUUGCUACUGGAUACAAAACCAAUGUGCUGAAGUGGCUUAAGGAUUAUAAGAAUCUAUUCAAUGAGAAUGGAAUGCCAAAACCAAGUUACCCAAAUCAUUGGAAAGGAGAACAUGGAAUUUACAGUGCUGGAUUUUCAAAAAGAGGAUUAGAAGGCAUCUCAUUUGACGCGAUGAAAAUAGCAAAUGAUAUCAACUUCAUUUUGACUUCAAGGGUCAAUCAAAUUACAUCUUAG